AUGGAGCAAGUACACCAAACUGCGAUAACUCGCCGGGAUGGUACCAAAGAGUCUUUUGAUAAACUGAGACUUUUGAAGUUUUUGCAAGCGCUAGUGGCUGAUCUUGACAAAGAUUAUAUUAAGAUAGAAGGUCUUGUAGAUACCAUUUGUUCUUCUAUACCUAAGGAGAUAAGCAUCGAACAACUUUACGAAUAUGUAGCAGAAGUUAUUGCUUCCAGAAUUGUGAAUCACCCUGAUCAUUCACUUUUAGCUGGUAGAGUUGAAGCACGUAAAUUGCAAAAAUUAGUAGAUUUCACAUUUUCUGACAAUAUAAAAAGAUUGUAUGACAGAGUAGAUCCAGAUACUAAAAAGCAUACCCCUGCAGUUACUAAAGAAGUUUACGAUCUCACUAUGACUAACAAGGAACUUUUGAACGAUUGUAUAAAGAUCAAAAGAGAUUUCAGUUUGUCAUACUUUGCUAUCAAGACUUUAGAGAGAUCUUAUUUUUUAACCAUCAACGAUAUAAUAGCUGAAACUCCUCAGUUCAUGUUUUUGAGGGUUUCUUUGGGAAUCCAUGGGGCCGAUAUGGAAAAGGUGUUGGAAACCUAUGAUUUGAUGUCUAGAAAGUAUUUCAUUCAUGCAUCUCCUACAUUAUUUAAUAGUGGUACCAACUAUAAUUUCCUCAGUUCAUGCUUUUUAUUAGCAAUGGAAGACGAUUCUAUCGAUGGGAUCUAUAAAACUUUACAUAGGACAGCUAUGAUCUCCAAAUCUUCGGGAGGUAUUGGUUUACAUGUUCAUAAUAUCAGAUCUCAUGGAUCUAAUAUUUCAAGUUCAUCCGGAAAAUCAAGCGGAUUGGUUCCUAUGUUGAGAGUUUUCAACAAUACAGCAAGAUAUGUUGAUCAAGGUGGGAACAAAAGACCAGGUGCUUUUGCCAUUUAUAUUGAACCUUGGCAUGCAGAUAUUUUCGAUGUGCUUGAUUUGAGAAAGAAUUAUGGUAAAGAAGAGAUGAGGGCCAGGGAUCUCUUUUAUGGACUUUGGGUACCAGAUUUGUUCAUGGAAAAGGUUAAAUCAAACGAAGAUUGGUGUCUUUUCAGUCCUGAUACUUGUCCUGGAUUAUCAGAUUGUUAUGGAGAUGAAUUCAGAAAGAAAUAUGAAAAGUACGAAGCCCAAGGGAAAUUUAAAAGAAAGAUUAAAGCACAAGAAUUAUGGAUUAGUAUUCUUGAGUCUCAGACAGAAACUGGGGGUCCAUAUAUUUUGUAUAAAGAUGCGUGUAACAGGAAAUCCAAUCAGAAGAAUUUGGGUGUGAUUAAGUCAUCAAACUUAUGCUGUGAGAUUGUAGAGUAUUCUUCCCCCGAAGAGACAGCAGUAUGUAACCUAGCAUCAUUGGCUUUACCUUCCUAUGUGAAGGAGAAUGAUAAUGAGAUGACUUUUGACUUCCUUUAUCUUCACAAAGUAACAAAAGUACUUACGAGAAAUUUGGAUAAGAUAAUUGAUGUCACAAGGUAUCCAAUAGAAGGGUCUCGGACUUCCAAUUCGAAGCACAGACCUGUAGCUAUUGGGGUUCAAGGGUUGGCUGAUGUUUUUGCGAUCUUGAGAUUACCCUUCGAUUCCAAGGAGGCCAAAGAUUUGAACAUACAAAUAUUCGAAACCAUCUAUCACGGAGCUAUUGAGGCUUCUAUAGAACUAGCCAAAGAGAAGGGUCAUUAUUCAACAUUCAAAGGAUCUCCAGCUUCCCAAGGAUUAUUUCAAUUCGAUUUGUGGCAACAUAAACCUUCUGAAUUAUAUGAUGAUUGGGAUGUUUUACGUGAAGAGAUGGUAAAUUUCGGAUUAAGGAAUUCCCUAUUGGUAGCACCAAUGCCUACUGCAUCCACAUCUCAAAUCCUUGGGUUUAACGAAUGUUUUGAACCUUUCACAUCCAAUAUCUAUAACAGAAGAGUGAUUUCUGGAGAAUUCCAAGUUGUGAAUAAGUAUUUGAUAAGGGAUUUGAUUGAUCUUAAUCUUUGGAAUAAGUCCAUGAAAGAUAGAAUUUUGUUAGGCGAUGGUUCUAUCCAACACAUAGAAGAGAUACCAAAAGAAAUCAGAGAAUUAUACAAAACAGUAUGGGAAAUAUCUCAAAAAGUUAUCAUUGACAUGUCGGCUGACAGAGGAAAAUUCAUCGAUCAGCUGCAAAGUAUGAAUAUUUAUAUGAAGAACCCAACUUUCGGUAAAUUAACAAGUUGUCAUUUUUAUGCUUGGGAAAAAGGUCUCAAAACAGGGAUGUACUAUUUGAGAACUCAAGCAGCUUCAAAGGCUAUCCAAUUCACCAUUGAUAAUACCAAGGAAACCAUCAAGGUUGAACACCCAAAGACUCCUGAUUUAGUCAGAAAGAAAUACCAUAAAAUGGAAGGAAGUCUUCCCAAUAAGAGAUUCAGACGCAACAACCUUACACCUGAAUCAAAACCCGGUACACCCUCACAUGAAGGGGUCAAUAUUCAUGAUGAUACCAUAAGAGCUUGUAAUAUAGAAGAUAGAGAGAGUUGUGAAUCUUGUCAAGGUUGA